AAAGAGCAGGUGGGAGUGGCGACGCAAUGUGCUACACUACUGAGAAGAGAGAGGGAACUGAAUAAGUGUGCGACAGCAACCUUUUUACCGGUUUAUUUAUUAGUCUCUCCGGCUGUCACUAAUAGUGUGCUUACCACAGAUAUUGCAACCACCACACACCGGUAUACUUUCUGUCUACCGGAAUAACUACAGCGUGUAUCCAAAUGUCCAACUUCAACUGGAAACCUUUCGUUUUCGGCGGUCUGGCAUCCGUCACUGCAGAAUGCGGUACAUUUCCUAUAGAUUUGACCAAGACGCGGCUGCAAGUUCAAGGCCAAGUGGGCGACAGCAAGUACAGAGAGAUUCGAUACCGGGGAAUGUUGCACGCCAUCGGCAGAAUAUGCAGAGAGGAGGGAAUAAGUGCACUUUAUUCAGGUCUCGCCCCUGCAAUGUUGCGCCAGGCAUCCUAUGGGACCAUAAAGAUUGGCACAUACCAGAGCUUCAAAAGACUACUGGUGGACAGGCCAGAAGAUGAGACAUUGUUGACCAACGUCCUGUGUGGUGUUCUGUCUGGAGUCAUCUCCUCGUCCAUCGCCAACCCAACGGACGUACUGAAGAUCCGUAUGCAGGCUCAGGGAAGUGUGAUCCAGGGAAGCAUGAUGGGAAACUUCAUCAACAUCUACCAACAGGAAGGAACCAGGGGGCUGUGGAAGGUAGGUGUAUGGACACACACACACACACACACACACACACACACACACACACACAACCCCCCUCACUCUCUCUUGCUCUCACAGGGUGUGUCUCUGACAGCGCAGAGAGCAGCCAUUGUAGUGGGGGUGGAGCUUCCUGCCUAUGACCUCGCAAAGAAACACCUGAUUCUGGAUUGUCACAUGGGUGACAACAUUUACACACACUUCUUGUCCAGUUUUGCGUGUGGUCUGGCGGGGGCUCUGGCCUCUAACCCCAUAGACGUGGUCCGCACACGCAUGAUGAACCAGACAUACGGAGCUGUCACCUACCAGGGAACACUGGACUGCUUACUUCAGACGUCGCGGUCUGAGGGCUUCAUGGCACUCUACAAAGGCUUUUUCCCCAACUGGCUCCGUCUCGGCCCAUGGAACAUCAUCUUCUUUGUUACCUACGAACAGCUGAAGAAGAUGGAGGUCUGAUGGAGAGAAUUAAAUGUAGCGCUGAAGAGGAAAGAACUCUGCCAGAGAGGGGAAAGAAUUGACCAAAAGACGGGUGGACGUAUCCUGUCUAGCCUCCCACUUCUUGUCUGUGUGGUGUUGACCAUGCCCCCUCAGACACAUUUCUCCUUUCUGAUUGGCUGCUUACGUAAUGGAGCUCUGGUUGGUUGGGAAAGAGGAAGUGAAAGUUGCGGUCAAUUGCACCAUCAGAAAGCAAGGUGACGCGAAGACCAUAAUUUUGAAACUGGCCCUAAAUUAUGUAUUUAUUAUCAUGUUUUGAAUCUGUCGAGCCUCAACCGCUGGUAUCAUAUAAACACACAAGACAUGGACAAAUGUGGGUUGUGAGUUGGGGGUUUGUUACUACGAUGAUAUAUUUCUAUUUAUCCGGACCUUUGCAACCGAGGAAAUGUAUAUGACCGGACCUUCUAAAAUAGUACUUGAGUACCCCUGAUGUACAGGAUCUCAAAUAAUGUUAAAAGCAGUCACUACUUACCUCAGAUUGUAUGGAUUUCAGAUGCCUUGGUGUGCGUUCUCUGGUUGCAAGAGGAACUGCCAAAAGAAGCUGUGGAAAAGACUGCUAACUUUGCCAUUUACUCAAGGACUGGCCACUUUCUGAAACCCUAGAUGUCUGUGCAGCCACUGGAAAGCUUAUAUUUGUUAUUAUAGAACUGGGUUGGUAGGACUUUUAAUGGGGCUAGUUGUAUAACCAGAUUAAGAUCAGAGGUCAGGUGACCACUAACUCUCUCUCACACACACACACACACACACACACACACACACACACACACACACACACACACACAAUGGCACAUAGGUUAUUAAUGCCAGGUUGAAUUGGCUCAGUGUAUUGACUCACUCAGUCAUGUGGGCACCCUUAGAACAAACUUUCUUCAUUUCAGGGUGACCUGGCACAGUGUAUGAAUGACCUACAGAUAGUUAAUGGGGACGGUGUGUACGGACUAUUCUGGGUUCAUAUUAUUAAUACACUCUGGACAGCCUGAUUGGCACGCCGCCCCUUGCGUCAUUUCAGGACCCCUAUCUCUGACACACACGCGGAGCCCCAGUUCUUACUCUGCCACAGCAGCAGAGACUCCAUAUUCUAUCCCUGUUCAGGUCGAGGUGUCCAAUCCAACCUAUUUAACCUUUCAUUUACAGGAUAUCUCUUAAACUUCCAGAGAGACCUGCCUGUGGUCUGACCUGGCCUAUGCAAUAACAGGGAAGUGAAUGUCAAGAGGUGGCUGUUGUAUAUUUAGCCAUUGCACCUGACUACCAAUGCCAUUUUCUGUGUGCUGGUGUUGUUGAUUUGCCAUUUUAUGAUCCCAAGACACAGAACAAAUGUACAUGUCAACUAACUGUUAAUCCUCUAUUACCCUUCAUUUCUUCUACUUUGUUCUUCACCAUUAUCAGUUAGAUUGUUUGAAGGUGAGCUUGCUAGUUUUUUCUUUUUUCUUGAGUUAAGGUUGAACCUCUGAGUGUGUUCAUGUGACAAUAUGGUUAUUGUAUAUGGUUUGUUUAUAGCCCCCAAAGCCUUAAUUCCAAUGUGUCACUGUCAUAGCCCCUUAAAUACUUCUCUUAUCCUGAUUUAAAGCAAGACAUACAUAAACUUCUGACUGGUCUCAUGUUUUACUUCAACUGGGAGUAAAGCCCAGUCUCUUCACUAGGUUGAAACGAAAGCAAACGGGGCAAAAUGGGGAUGGACUACCUGACGUUAAGAAACGCUUGUUUUUCCAUUCCAAAAAUGUUGGCUUCGGAGUGCGCUAAUGAAAACGACCGUGAACUUGUGAUCUGACCAGGAAUGUAAUGAGCAUAUAGACUCCGUCCCAGUCUAUUGACCAAUCCUGUAUUGACACCUAGUCUCUAGGAACAUGCAAAAUCAUAUGGUGAAAAUUCAGUUUAUGGCUUGAUUCAAUCCGUUUUGCAGAAGUUCAGUGCUAUAGCUGGAUUGAAAUGUGACGGUAAUUUACGAUGUGAAUCGACUUGAAGCAUUCACUGAAUGCACUCUCCGUGACCAGGGCAACAUGGCCUUUACAUUUCAAUCGCGCUGAACGUCCAUGAUCAGUAUAGAAUCGAGUCCUUGGCCUAUCAAGGCAGUAUUGCUUGCUCUCCAAUUCUUUCAUAUCAGCUAUGGAUUUGUCAUACCUGUAAUUUCCUACAUGGAAGUCCCACUAGACAGUUACACAUUCGUCCACAGGGUGCCGCUGUGUACCAUGUCUAUGCAUAAGCUCUCUAUUUCAGACACAUUUUUACACUCAGGACCCAAAAUCUAUCACCACCUUGUUUUAAAAUACACACAGACACUGAUUCAUGAAUCAUUCAAAGGCUCUGAUCUAAUUGUUCUUUAUUUCAGUGGAUAACUAUCCUAGUUUUCCUCACCAGUUUUUGAAGAGAUGGGACUGCUGGGGAGAGAUUGCCAUGUGUGUAUGAAUGCUUUAGUUAUUUUAUUGACAGCCACCAUGGGAUGGACUCAUUAGAAGUAUAUAGAUUUCUGUUAUUCUAACUUCUGAAUCUGAGCCAUGAUGGUGUAUUUUUACUACAAAGCUUCACUUUAAAAAAAUAUUUAAAAAAUGCUGGUGUUUUCAGUAAUUUCACAGUGGAGCAAACUAUCUGACAUAUGAAGGCAAUAGAACCAGGAACAGUCCAAAUGCGUAACUCAAAGCUUACCAACUACACACACACACACACACAGGGCUUCUCCAAGAGCCAAUGGCCAUGGGGGGUUCCAAUCACCAUGGUGCAUUGUGGGUAGUAUUCAUUCCUUUUUUGCUCCUGGGGUACAGGGGUUGGCUUAUUGUGUUGGAGGGAUCUGUAUGUGUUAGAGGAAUUGGGUUCUGGGCUCCAUUCCAAAUUGUCCUUGAUUUGCUCAAUAAUGAAAGGACAAUAAUAUAAUUGCUUGCAAUAAUGUACUUUUUUGCAAUCAUGUAAUUUUGGUAAUGGUGAGACGUAAAAUACUUUGCAUAAAUUGCCUACAUUACUACAAAUAUUAAUAGCUAAUUAUGGAAAAUAAGAAACAGGAUUUUUAAUAUAUACAGUGGGGCAAAAAAGUAUUUAGACAGCCACCAAUUGUGCAAGUUCUCCCACUUAAAAAGAUGAGGCCUGUAAUUUUCAUCAUAGGUAGUCUUCAACUAUGACAGACAAAACGAGGGGAAAAUAAUCCAGAAAAUCACAUUGUAGGAUUUUUAAUGAAUGUAUUUGCAAAUUAUGGUGGAAAAAUAAGUAUUUGGUCAAUAACAAAAGUUUAUCUCAAUACUUUGUUAUAUACCCUAUGUUGGCAAUGACAGAGGUCAAACGUUUUCUGUAAGUUUCUCAAACUGUUGCUGGUAUUUUGGCCCAUUCCUCCAUGCAGAUCUCCUCUAGAGCAGUGAUGUUUUGGGGCUGUUGCCCAGCAACAUGGACUUUCAACUCCCUCCAAAGAUGUUCUAUGGGGUUGAGAUCUGGAGACUGGCUAGGCCACUCCAGGACCUUGAAAUGCUUCUUACGAAGCCACUCCUUUGUUGCCCGGGCGGUGUUUUUGGGAUCAUUGUCAUGUUGAAAGACCCAGCCACGUUUCAUCUUCAAUGCCCUUGCUGAUUGAAGGAGGUUUUAACUCAAAAUCUCACAAUACAUGGCCCCAUUCAUUCUUUCCUUUACACAGAUCAGUCGUCCUGGUCCCUUUGCAGAAAAACAGCCCCAAAGCAUGAUGUUUCCACCCCCAUGCUUCACAGUAGGUAUGGUGUUCUUUGGAUGCAACUCAGCAUUCUUUGUCAACCAAAACACGACGAGUUGAGUUUUUACCAAAAAGUUCUAUUUUGGUUUCAUCUGACCAUAUGACAUUCUCCCAAUCUUCUUCUGGAUCAUCCAAAUGCUCUCUAGCAAACUUCAGACGGGCCUGGACAUGUACUGGCUUAAGCAGGGGGACACGUCUGUCACUGCAGGAUUUGACUCCCUGGCGGCGUAGUGUGUUACUGAUGGUAGGCUUUGUUACUUUGGGACUUUACCUAGCAGGGUCUUGUAGAUGACCUGGAGCCAGUGAGAUUGGCGACGAAUAUGACGCGAGGGCCAGCCAACGAGAGCGUACAAGUCGAAAGCCUUUGGUCAGGUCAAUGAAUACGUCUGCACAGUAUUGUUUCUUAUCGAUGGCGGUUAAUAUUUUGUUUAGGACCUUGAGCGUGGCUGAGGUGUGUACCCAUGACCAGCUCUGAAACCAUAUUGCAAAGCGGAGAAGGUAUGGUGGGAUUCGAAAUGGUCUGUAAUCUAUUUUGUUGACGUGGCUUUUGAAGACCUUAGAAAGGCAGGGUAGGAUAGAUAUAGGUCUGUAGCAGUUUGGGUCAAAAAUGCUUAUUGAAAUUCUCAAUUAUAGUGGAUUUAUCGGUGGUGACAGUGUUUCCUAUCUUCAGUGCAGUGGGCAGCUGGGAGGAGGUGUUUUUAUUCUCCAUGGACUUUAGUGUCCCAGAACAAUUUUGAGUUUGUUGCAGGAAUCAAGUUUCUGCUUGAAGAAGCUAGCCUUGGCUUUUCUAACUGCCUGUGUAUAUUGGUUUCUAGCUUCCCUGAAAAGUUGUAUGUCACCGGGGCUGUUCGAUGCUAAUGCAAAAUGCCAUAGGAUGUUUUUGUGUUGGUUAAGGGCAGUCAGGUCUGGAGAGCACCAAGGGCGAUAUCUGAUCCUGGUUCUAAAUUUCUUGAAUGGGGUGUGCUUAUUUAAGAUGGUGAGGAAGGCAUUUAAAAAAAUAACCAGGCAUCCUCUACUUAUGGGAUGAGAUCAAUAUCCUUCCAGGAUACCCCGGUCAGGUCGAUCAGAAAGGCCUGCUCACUGAAGUGUUUCAGGGAGUGUUUGACUGCUGACCCAUUACAGAUGCAGGCCAUGAGGCAGUGAUUGCUGAGAUCUUGGUUGAAAACAGCAGAGGUGUAUUUAGAGGGCAAGUUGCUUAGGGUGAUAUCUAUGAGGGUGCCCGUGUUUACAGCUUUGGGGUGGUACCUGGUAGGUUGUGUGAGAUUGAAAGCAUCAAGCUUAGAUUGCAGAAUGUCUGGGGUGUUAAGCAUUUUCCAGUUUAGGUCCCCUAGCAGCACGGGCUCUAAAGAUGGAUGGGGGGCAAUCAGUUCACAUAAGGUGUUCACAUAUGGCUCUGGACAUAUGGUGUCCAGAGCACAGCUGGGGGCAGAGGGUGGUCUGUAGCAGGCGGCAAUGGCGAGAGACUUGUUUUUAGAGGUGGAUUUUUAAAAGUAGAAGUUCAAAUAUUUUGGGUACAGACCUGGAUAGUAGCCUGCAGAGUUCUAUCUUUGCAGUAGAUUGCAACACCGCCCCCUUUGGCUGUUCUGUCUUGUCUGAAAAUGUUGUCGUUAGGGAUGAAGAUUUCAGAAUUUUUGGUGGUCUUCCUAAACCAGGAUUCAGACACGGCUAGGACAUCCGGGUUGGUAGAGUGUGCUAAAGCAGUGAAUAAAACAAACUUAGGGAGGAGGCUUCUAAUGCUAACAUGCAUGAAACCAAGGCUAUUACAGUUACAGAAGUCAUCAAAAGAGGGCGCCUGGGGAAUAGGAGGAGCUAGGCACUGCGGGGCCUGGAUUCACCUCUACAUCACCAGAGGAACAGAGGAGGAGUAGGAUAAGGGUACGGCUAAAAGCUAUGAGAACUGGUCAUCUAGAACGUCUGGAGCAGAGAGUAAAAGGAGAUUUCUGGGGGCGAUAAAAUAGCUUCAAGGUAUAGGAUGUGAAUACAGUGGAGGUAAACCUAGGUAUUGAGUGAUGAGAGAGAUAUUGUCUCUAGAAACAUAAUUGAAACCAGGUGAUGUCAUCGCAUGUGUGGGUGGUAGAACUGAAAGCUAGGAUAAGGUAUAGUGAGCAGGGCUAGAGGCUCUACAGUGAAAUAAGCCAAUAAACACUAACCAGAACAGCAAUGGACAAGGCAUAUUGAAAUUAAGGAGAGGCAUGCUUAGUCGAGUGGUCAUAAGGGUCCAGUGAGUAGUGAGGUUGGUUGGGGUCACGGCGAUUCAGACAGCUAGCCGGGCCAUCGGUAGCAAGCUAGCAUAGGAUGGAGGUCUGUAUUUGGCCACCUCGUUUCCGUCAGUAGAUUAGUGGGGUUUCGUGUGGUAGAGGGGAUCAAUCCAAUUGGCAAAAUAGAUAUAGUUCUAGUGACCCAAGACAAAUUGUGUGCAAAUUGUCCAAACAUAUCAUCAAAGUAGAUGGAUAAUUUUAAAUAUGUUAUUGGACAAUAAACAUAUGGCUUAUUAACCCAUACGGUCCAAAUAAUGAUGAUCCAAGCUUCUUUGAAAAUAUAUAUAAGAAUGUAUCAACUCUACAACUCCCAAUUUGUAAGUCGCUCUGGAUAAGAGCGUCUGCUAAAUGACUUAAAUGUAAAUGUAAAUGUACAAGCAACACUAGACUCUAUUAUUAUGGUGGGGGAUAUUAAUAUGGUUAUAAAUACCUCUAUGAACCGUAAAGGAAAUCACACUACAAACUAUCACCCUCAGGCACUUAAGGAAAUCAUGAAUGUCAUGGAUAUAUUGGAAUUAGUGGAUAUAUGGAGACUUAAAUACCCUGACCUAGUGAGAUAUACAUGGCGACUGCUUAAUCAAGCUAGUCGUCUUGACUACUUUCUCAUGCCAUUCUCUCUGACACCAAAAGUGUUGAUAGGGGACAGAAUGUGGUCGGAUCAUCACAUUAUUGGCAUAUAUAUAACUCUUACAGAAUUUCCACGUGGGCGAGGAUAUUGGAAAUUUAAUCAAAACCUACUAGAUGAUACAUUGUUUAUAGUAGGACAGAAGAAUGUGUAACUGACUUUCAUGCAUAACAGGUACAGCAGAUCCCCUUAUUGUAUGGGACACUUUUAAAUGUGCCUUUAGAGGCCAUGCAAUUCAGUACUCAUCUAUAAAACAAAAGCCAUUUCGAUCCAAAGAGUCCUUAUUAACAAAUUAAAUUGAAGGACUAACAGUACAGUUAGAUAGCAAUUAAAAACUACCAUAGGCACAGAAUAAACUAGAGGAAAAAAGAAAAGGAGGAACUUAUUCAGGAAAGAUCCAAUGUAAUAUGUCAUAAAAAUAAAGCUAAAUGGGAGAAAAUGCACCAAAUUCUAUUUCAAUCUUCAAUAUAGAAAUGCUACCAAAAAAAUGUAUUGAACUUGUUACAAAUUGAGUCACGCAUGUUUCAAGUGUUGUGAUGCAAAAAUCCUAGCAAAAUGUUUGGUGCAUAGAAUUAAAGUAUUGUCAGAUAUUAUUCAUCCUAAUCAGAUAGUUUUUUUACAUGGACGAUACAUUGGAGAUUGUAACUGACAGGUAGACUUACAGGUUAUGUCGUUGUCUUUUGUUUGAAUUGUUUAUGUGUCCGCUGUGCGGGGGAAAUGAUAAUACAAGCGGAACUACUUAGCUAAUACUGUUGUAACGGGGAUCCUUAUUGUAGCAACACGCUUUUGGAGGGAAGGCAAUCCUGCGCUGCGUUAGCUAAGUUUUCAUGUCAUCGGGUGUCGUUCAUAAAGGUUGAAGAGUGUAUGUUAGGAUGAAGUGUGAAUUCAUGCCAGGAAUAAUAAGUGUGAAGUUUGAUUUCCUCCCUUCUGUAAUAAGCAGCCAAUGAGGUAUUUUUUUUCCUUUAUUCAUGUGUUUAAUCUGAACCCGUUAUAACGGCGGUUAAACUGUUAUGUAUGUAAGCACUUCAGAGUUAUACCAAGCUAAUAAGUCACUCGUAAGAUAAGGUUGUAAGAGUGUGCUUAACUGUAUUUUUAAUUGACUUUAUUGUUCUCACGGAAGGUGAUAAUUCUGACUAAAACUACAGAAUAAAGCCGCCAGUUAAAAUCAAGGAAC